UGUUCUGGUGGCCAGUGAGGGGCAGAACCUUUUGGAGAUACUUUCAGAAAUUUACUGUAACCUAUCAAGAGAAAAGCAUAUUUUAGUAAUAUUCCUCUCUAGAGAGAGUAAAAAGUUUGUGUUUUUAAAUGUUGGGAUUGCUGUGACUUUUCUGUAAAUACAUGGUUGGCCUGGAACUUAACGUGUAAAGAUUUGUUCUCAAAAGUCAGUUAUUUGAUACUUCCAGUUCUGAGGUGGCAGCUAAUCCUAGGCAUGUCCUGGAAAGGGCUUUGAUAACAGUGUUCUGUCACAGGCUGAAAAGCACAUUGACACAGCAGAGCACAAUUGGAAUCACUAAAGAACUAGUUUCUGCUAGAGACACCAGUUAUUUGGUAUUUUAAUUUAUAUUAUACUGUGCUAUAAAAAUGCACUAAAUCUUGGAAAAACAUUCCUUGGUUAGAUUUUUUUUUUUGGCAGGAGAUAGAGAAGAUAACUGUAUUAAUCCCUAGGGUUCUGGAAAGGAAAAAAUAAAGACCAGAUAAACUGUUGUUUUGAGGUAAAUGUAAAGCUCUGAACUUGGAGACCUUGAGGUAUUCUACAAGGUUGCUGCUUUUAUUACGAGAAUACCCAUGACCCUGAUGGUGUUUUCAUUCACAAUAAAGUGCUCUAUUGCCUUUACUGAUUAACUGAACAAAUUCAGUUGAUAAUUUCAGUGACCCAGAUUCAAGCAGUAUCUUUCUCUGGAAAUAUGUGGUUUCGUCAGUUUCAUAUGUUCUAGGGGAAUGAAGCAUGUUGAGUCCAUGAAGCAGAGGACAAUAAAGCUUCCUACUUAUACCACCAAGAGAAUCUCUUUGAAAGAUUCACCACAGGACUACCAGAGACACUAAUUUGAAUCAUCAUGUGUUGAAACAGCAGGACACUACUACCUUUGCACUAACAGGAAACAGAAUUAUGAUGUUUGCAAUUCUUUGAACUCCAGAAAGCCUGGGGAGUGAGUUGAAAAUCUGAAAAUGCGGCCAUGGACUGGUUCCUGGCGUUGGAUUAUGCUCAUUCUUUUUGCCUGGGGGACCUUGCUGUUUUAUAUAGGUGGUCAUUUGGUACGAGAUAAUGACCACCCUGAUCACUCUAGCCGAGAACUGUCCAAGAUCCUGGCAAAGCUUGAACGCUUAAAACAGCAAAAUGAAGAUUUGAGGCGAAUGGCUGAAUCUCUCCGGAUACCAGAAGGCCCCAUUGAUCAGGGGCCAGCUUCUGGAAGGAUUCGUGCUUUAGAAGAGCAACUUGUGAAGGCCAAAGAACAAAUUGAAAAUUAUAAGAAACAAACGAGAAAUGGUUUAGGGAAGGAUCAUGAAAUCCUAAGGAGGAGGAUUGAAAAUGGAGCUAAAGAGCUCUGGUUUUUUCUACAAAGUGAAUUGAAGAAAUUAAAGAAUUUAGAAGGGAGUGAACUCCAAAGACAUGCAGAUGAAUUUCUGUCAGAUUUGGGACAUCAUGAAAGGUCUAUAAUGACGGAUCUAUACUACCUCAGUCAAACAGAUGGAGCAGGUGAUUGGAGGGAGAAAGAGGCCAAAGAUCUGACAGAACUGGUCCAGCGGAGAAUAACAUAUCUUCAGAAUCCCAAGGACUGCAGCAAAGCCAAGAAGCUGGUGUGUAAUAUCAACAAAGGCUGUGGCUAUGGCUGUCAACUCCAUCAUGUGGUCUACUGCUUCAUGAUUGCGUAUGGCACCCAGCGAACACUGAUCCUGGAAUCUCAGAACUGGCGCUAUGCUACUGGUGGAUGGGAGACUGUGUUCAGACCUGUAAGUGAGACCUGCACAGACAGAUCUGGCAUCUCUGCUGGACACUGGUCAGGUGAAAUAAAGGACAAAAAUGUUCAGGUGGUCGAGCUCCCAAUUGUAGACAGUCUUCAUCCUCGUCCUCCAUAUUUACCCCUGGCUGUACCAGAAGACCUUGCAGAUCGACUUGUUCGAGUCCAUGGUGAUCCUGCAGUGUGGUGGGUGUCUCAGUUUGUCAAAUACUUGAUCCGCCCACAGCCUUGGCUGGAAAAGGAAAUAGAAGAGGCCACCAAGAAGCUUGGCUUCAAACAUCCAGUUAUUGGAGUUCAUGUCAGACGCACAGACAAAGUGGGAACAGAAGCUGCCUUCCAUCCCAUUGAGGAGUACAUGGUGCAUGUUGAAGAACAUUUUCAUCUUCUCGCUCGCAGGAUGCAAGUGGAUAAAAAAAGAGUAUAUUUGGCCACAGAUGACCCUUCUUUAUUAAAGGAGGCAAAAACAAAGUACCCCAGUUAUGAAUUUAUCAGUGAUAAUUCUAUCUCUUGGUCAGCUGGACUGCACAAUCGAUAUACAGAAAAUUCACUUCGGGGUGUGAUUCUGGACAUACACUUUCUAUCCCAGGCAGACUUCUUGGUGUGCACUUUUUCCUCCCAGGUCUGUCGAGUUGCUUAUGAAAUCAUGCAAACACUGCAUCCUGAUGCCUCGGCAAACUUCCAUUCUUUGGAUGACAUCUACUAUUUUGGGGGUCAGAAUGCCCACAACCAGAUUGCUAUUUAUCCUCACCAACCUCGAACUGCAGAUGAAAUUCCUAUGGAGCCUGGAGACGUCAUUGGUGUGGCUGGAAAUCACUGGGAUGGCUAUUCCAAAGGUGUCAACAGGAAACUGGGAAGGACGGGCCUAUAUCCCUCCUACAAAGUCCGAGAGAAGAUAGAAACUGUCAAGUACCCCACAUAUCCCGAGGCCGAGAAAUAGAGCUUAAGAUGGAUGGGAAGGACAACCAAACUCAGUUCAAAACGUUUGAGCCGAACAGUAGAUGAAGAAGGUCCUGGCCUAACAACACGUGGUUGUAUGUGCAGACACCCUCAGCACCGGGAGCACCUUAGGACUGACAGAUGCUUCAUGGGUGGAAUUCCUCUCCAACAAGGGCUACGAUGCCCAGAACCCAAGGACGACGGUCCAAUAGUGUACUCACAUAUAACAUGAAAACAGGUUGUUUUCUACUUUGCGCCUUCUUUCAAGAUUGUGUCUCCAUGAAAAAAACACUGCCACAUUGUGUAAUUUAAGUGACACAGAUGUUUUGUGUGAGACUUCAAACAUGGUGCCUAUAUCUGAGAGACCUCUGAGACCUAAUGAGAAAAUCUGAAUAGCUCCCUGUGGUGGGGAGGUUAAUUAUUUGCCAGUGGUGGUAUUGUAACCACUGAAUUCACUCCAAUCCGCAGAUUCAGAAUGAGAAUGGAUGUUUUUGUCUGGAAUUUUUUUUAAGUAAUUGCAUCAGUUCAGCCACCUCAUCUUUAGUAAGUGAAGGAGGUUCAUCAAAAUAAAAUAUUCGCACUCCAUUGGGAACUUUUGUAAAAUGAUGCCAUGGACAGAUUCUUUAGUAUUCUGUGUUUGGACAUUCUCUUUGAUAACAAAAAAUAAAUUUUAAAAAGAGGAAUUUUGUAAAGUUUCUAGAAUUUUAUAUGAUUGAAUAAUGUUGGGGGCAACUUUAUAGUUGAAAAACUAUGAUAAAAAGAGGAGUUUUAUAAUUUUCUUUUGCUUUUUUUUUCUGUUUCUGGCCGAGUAAUCAGAUCUGAGCUCAAGAGUCAUUGCUCCGUUUCAACACUGAAAACUGAGUUUAGUUGGUGCAUAUUACACGGUUGCUAAGGAUACUCUGGGAGGUUUUACUCUCUUGUUUGGACAUUGUUUCUUUGUUUGUUUUUAUUGAUUUAAAUAAUUAUACUCCUCGCCCUCAGAGAAACUAUCACCUUUAUUCUAAAACCAAUAGCUUCAGACCUGUUGGUAACCUUUCUUACUAUAGUUAUUGCCACUUUUUUGUGAGUUUUGUGUCCUUUUGUUUUAUCCAGGAACCAGUUUUUCCCUUUUCUAUCAUAUCCUGCUUUUGAGAGUACCAGGAAUUUUGGGGUUGGGAAGCUGGCUCUGUUUCUGAAAUACAGUCUCACAGAAUAUAGAAUUCAGUAGACAAAGGAGAGAAGAACCAGUGUGAGACCCAAAGUGGAUUUAGGAUUAUCUCUUCCAAGUACUUUUAGUAAUUCCACGUUAGAGUCACUUCAGAAGACAAGGCUUUGAU